AUGGCUUCUUCACCAGGCAGUGCGGUGCAUACCUCGCAUGUCUUCCAUUCGGUUAAUCAAAGUGUAGUCUACAGCUGCCUCAUCACCAAGCUGCAGUCCGACUUCCGCAAAGUGUACAACCUCAAGGGCAACCUUUGUCUUGACUGCUCAAGUGCGUGCUUGUGUCCUGCUGGUUCGGUCUCUCGGAUGGAGAUGGAGGCUACUGUCCGCGAGGAGGAGCGGCGCCUCUCCAACGGCUGCCCCGUCACUGCCUCGAAUAUCGCCGAGACCUACAAGUACACAUCGCCAUUGCGUUAUCCAACCCCCCUGGCAGAACAACCGAGACAUGACCAGGCUGUCACCGAGCAAUCUAGCGUAGCCACUUCCGGUGGAACAAGCAAGCAUUCGCUCAAAAACUCCGAUCAAGAGAUGGAAAUCCUUGAAACCAAGCCUGAUCCUCCACCGGCUGCCGAGCCUGCCCUGCCGCUAGAUGCUGGCGCCUCUCGACAGCAAGAAGUAGCAAGAUACUCGAAACGACACGCUCCCAACGAUGACGCCCAGGCACCCGUAGUGGUGAACACAAGGCCUUGGACUAUCUUGAGGUUCCUCGGCCAGAAUUGGUACUCGGUCCCGCCGACGAUGAGCCAGAAUCCGGAGGGUCUCAGAAGCGAGGAAAAGAGAGCCAAGUCACCGGGAGGAGUUAGGAGCUCAAUGGUUGAGUCCAAUCAGGGCAAUGUUGGUCAUUUGAGUCAGGAGGGAAGCAGCCUGACUGCUCAAGCGGCAUCGCACCACCCUGCUCAUCCUCCUGGGGAGGAUGGGGCGAACACUGCCAAUGGCCAAAGUCGUUUCACCGAACACAUUUAG